AUGCGCGCCUUCACCACCCUCAUCAUGGCUCUCAGCCUCGCAAGCAGCACCAUCGCCGCUCCUGCGUCUUCUGCUCUCUCGCCUCUUGUCAAGGACGCUCUCGCCAACGACGAAUGCCUCUACCUCUGCACCUGCACCGACUCUGUCGAGCAGAGCAAGGAGUGCUGUGUUGCUUCUGGGGGAAGGUUUGAUGAGUCUAUUGGCUGGUGCGCCGAUAUGAAUAAUACCACGGCUCAGGAUUACACCCAGUGCUGUGGGGGGGGUUAUGGUUGUGGGUUUGAUUUUGGAUGCCCGGCUCCUGGUCAGUGGUAGGGAGUUGAUAUGGGGUAGCUGAAGGGAGUUGGUGAUGGUCAUAAGGAUUGACAGUGAUGGAAGCUCAUGGUGGGAGAUCUUUGGAGUGUGAGGUUCUGAUGGUGAUAGACGGUGAUGGUGGAAAUUCCGGUUCGUUGGUAAGAGUUAAUUGGGGGCCCCCGGGGAAUAUCUAGCUAUGUUUCGUUUCAGUACACACCUGCCUAGGUACAAAUAGGAAUCUAGAGGAUUAUCUCUUGUGA